UUUCCCGCCAUAUAAUACUUAAUGGUCGUUCCUCCCCACCGCUCGUCUUCCUUUUUCUACGUGAGUCACGUGCUUUUAUCCUCGAGUACUCUAGCAAUGGAGUCUGUAAGCGGACACAAGGUUGGUGAAAUUUUCACCGCAGCCGGAGCAGCAUUUAACAAGUUGGGAGAAUUAACGAUGCAAUUACACCCUACGACUGACUCACCAGCAGGUAAAUGGACUGACGAGGAAAUUGAGAUGCUCCGUCACUCGGUAAAGACCUUCAGUGAAGACUUGAACAAAAUAAGUGAACACAUCAAGGGACGAACGGUCUCUCAAAUUCGGACAACGUUGAAGAAGAAAGCUUUUGAGGAAGCUGGCGUGCCGAUCAGACAACAAAUGCUUUCUCAACAGUCAACGCAACAAUCGACGGUUCAACAAGUAUCGAAGCAACAAACAGGAAAUCAAGGAUUAAUGGGAAAAUCGUCUGAAGUCACGUUGAACAUGUUAAAUGCGCCGGAAUCGGAAGUGGAUGUUGAGGGACUACCAGAGGAGUGUCAAGUAAAGCUCGAGUUCGAAGGUGCGACGGAAGAAGUAGCUUCUUAAUAAGCCGAGAUUGACCUUUCCAUAUGCAAUCUUUUUUAUCUCGAUUUCUAAAUAUAAGAUAAUUUUCAUAUAAUAUACGCGCUUAACGUUAAGUAAUAAUAAUGUACCUUCGAUAAAUUAUGUUUCUCAAAUAGAUUUUUAAAAGUCA